UGUCGUUACUAUCGUCGCCGGAAUUUAUUGCGCAUGCGCAGCAGGUGAAAGUGGAGAGCCGGCAGGCCAGAAAGCUUUACCAGCUUUGCGCACCUUACGCGGCUACCCGAAUUGGGCAAGCAGGCGGUGGAAACGGUUUAUCAAACAGCCGCCACCUCCGAUUUCUGUACACCGUGCCCUUACCGUAAGAUGUUCUGCCUGCCGUACGUGGUUUAUGGGGACAGUCGGUGACUCCUGGAAUCCCUAGUUUUACCAGAGGCAUGAUGGCUGAUUGUUUUUGUUUACGAAUUCGGACAUUUUGAAUUGAUGUGUUGUUUGCUUACCUGUGAGUUAAAAUGGACAAGAUAUUGGAAGGCCUGGUGACCUCUACCCAUCCACUCAAUUUGAAGAAAGUGAUUGUUAAAAAAGUGGUGGAGUCUGCAGAGAAUUCCAUCAGUGAGGAGCAAUGCAAAGCCAUGUUCAGUCUUACAACUCGCUUAGUUUUGGAAGGAGAGGACUACUUUCAGAAACAAGUGGGGCACCAAGUUCUGGAGGCUUAUGCCAGAUAUCACCGCUCUGAAUUUGAGAAUUUCUUUAACAGGAACUUUGUCUUGAGCCUUCUUCAAGAAGGGUACAGGUCAUUGGAUCGGAAGGAUUUAGCCAUAAUUGACUAUAUCCAUAACGGUCUCAAGCUUAUCAUGAGUUGCCCUUCUGUUCUAGACAUAUUUGCUGUUUUACAAGUAGAAGUAUUUAGAAUAGUCUGUGAAAGACCAGGGCCUUUACUGUGUUCAAGAGUAAGUGAGCUGCUCAGUGACUUUGUACAGUGCAUUCCCAAGGGUGAAAUGUCUAUAGCAUUCUGCAAGCAGCUUGUCAGGACAAUAGGACAUUUCCAAUGUAUAUCUACACUGGAGAAAGAGCUUCGUGAAUAUGUCUCUCAAGUUACCAAAGUUAGUAAUUUACUACAGAAUAUCUGGAAGGCUGAGCCAUGCACAUUACUUCCAUCACUGCAGGAAGUUUUUGCAAUUAUUUCUUCCACAGAUGCCUCGUUUGAACCAUCUGUUGCAUUGGCAAGCCUUGUGCAGCACAUUCCCUUACAGAUGAUCACUGUUCUUAUCAGGAGUUUGACCACGGAUCCAAACGUGAAAGAUGCUAGCAUGACAGAGGCUCUCUGCAGGAUGAUUGACUGGCUGUCCUGGCCCCUAGCUCAGCACGUAGAGACAUGGGUGAUUGCUCUGCUAAAGGGACUGGCUUCUGUCCAGAAAUUCACUAUACUCAUCGAUGUCACUUUACUGAAAAUCGAACUGGUUUUCAAUAGACUAUGGUUUCCCCUGGUAAGGCCUGGUGCUUUGGCUGUCCUAUCACAUAUGUUGCUAAGCUUUCAACAUUCUCCAGAAGCUUUCCAUUUGGUUGUCCCCCAUGUUGUCAAUCUGGUUCAGUCUUUAAAGAACGAUGGUCUCCCUUCAAGUACAACCUUCUUAGUCCAGUUUUCCGAAUUAAUGCAUUGUAUGAUUUACCAUUGCUCUGGAUUUCCAGAUUUAUAUGAAUCUAUCUUGGAAGCUCUUAAGGAUCUGCCUAAACCUUCCGAGGAGAAAAUAAAACUCAUACUAAACCAAAGUGCCUGGACAUCCCAAUCCAAUGCUUUGGCUUCUUGUUUACCCAGACUAUCAGGGAAAUCAGAAACUGGGAAAACUGGGCUAAUUAACCUUGGAAACACAUGCUAUAUGAAUAGUGUUUUACAAGCAUUAUUCAUGGCAACAGAUUUUAGGAGACGGGUGCUAUCUUUAAAUUUGAAUGGUGGUAACUUAUUGAUGAAGAAACUGCAGCACCUUUUUGCCUUCUUGGCUCACACUCAGCGAGAAGCUUACGCCCCCCAUGUAUUUUUUGAGGCUUCUAGACCUCCUUGGUUCACACCUCGAUCUCAACAAGACUGUUCAGAAUACCUCAGAUUUCUUCUGGACAGAUUGCAUGAAGAAGAGAAAACCGUGAAAGCACUGUCUUCAAGGACUACUCCUGAUAACCCAGUUACUGAUGGCAUUCUUCAGGAGAUCUCAUCCUUGGCCACUGAAGGGCUUUCAGGCACCCAUUGUAAUCCGAAAAGCACAAGCUGGGGCCGAGAAGAAAAAACAUUAAUAGAAAAUAUGUUUGGUGGUAAACUUCAAACCAAUAUUUGUUGUCUGAAUUGCAAAAGCACUUCACAAAAGACUGAACCCUUUACAGAUCUUUCGCUAGCUUUUUGUCCAGCAUUUGCUGAAAAAUCUAUGCAGAGUGUAAUUUGUUCUCCCAAGGAAAAGGAUGAUGAUUGUAUCGAAAUUGAUAUAAACCCCUGUGUUGAAGAAACUGCUUCUCCCGGGCCCUUAAAAGACAAAGUUGCCGUCAGUGAAGCACAGUCUAACCUUAACUGUGUUGUGGACACAUCUCUGUGUGACAAUACACUUGAAUCUCAUAAUGCCUCAUCCUGUAAAAUUGGAAAACAUAGAGCACUUUCUGUUACAGACUUGCUGAGCUAUUUUCUAGCACCUGAGGUUCUUCAUGGAGAUAAUCGGUAUCAUUGUGAAAAAUGUUCUUCCCUUCAGGACGCAGAAAAGACUAUGCAGAUCUUGGAAGAGCCAGAAUACCUCAUUCUAACGUUACUACGAUUUUCAUAUGAUCCAAAGUGUCAUGUAAGACGCAAGAUAUUGGAUAAUGUGUCCAUUCCGUUAGUGGUGGAAUUGCCAGUUGAAAGAACUACCUCUCUGGCUUCACCGGGAGAUUGUACUCUAGACAUUGAUAUUUCUGAUGUUGGUGAGAAUUUGGCAAAAAAGUUGAAACCCUCUGGUAUAGAAGACAUGUGUUGUACCCAGCUAGUACCCUAUGUUUUAAGUUCUCUUGUGGUACAUUCUGGAACAUCAUCUGAAAGUGGACAUUAUUAUUCCUAUGCCAGGAACGUUACUAGUACAUCAAGUUGUCUUCAUCCUGAGACACGCACUCUAAAUCCAUCACAAGUUCAAGUAGUUGGUAGUGAAACAUUAAACUCUGUUGUCGGAAGUGAACCCCCAUGCAGUGAUAUGUCGAAAGAAUGGUUUCUGUUUAAUGACAGUAGGGUUACAUUUACUUCGUUUCAGUCUGUAUUGAAUAUCACCAGUAGGUUUCCAAAGGACACAGCGUAUGUGCUUAUUUAUAAAAAGCACAUCGCUAGUGGUGUACAUAGUGCCCAGCCUAAUUCAGCAAAUGGUCUGUGGGUAAAUGGAGAGCCCCCGUUGCAGAAGGAGCUCAUGGAUGCUAUCACAAAAGAUAACAAGCUCUACUUACAGGAGCAGGAGCUCAAUGCCCGGGCACGUGCACUCCAAGCAGCUUCUGCUUCUUGUUCUUUUCGACCUAAUGGCUUUGAUGACAAUGAUCCCCCAGGGAGCUGUGGUCCUAGCGGUGGUGGCGGUGAUGGAGGAUUUAGCACCAUCGGAAGACUUGUAUUUUAAUUUAGACACAUACAAAUGUCAAAAAUGCACUGACAAUGUAACCACACUGGCCACUUUGACUGUAUAUUUCAAAAUCUGUUGGACAUAUAACAUUUUGCUAAAAGUAUUCAAUAUUCAGCAAGAA